GUUCGGCCUGGCGGUGGGAGGAGCUUGCUGUCAGCGGGGUUUAACCUGUCAUAGCGGGCUCGCACGGGAUCAUUCCUGACUGACAACGUUUCUUGCCCGCAGUGGAAGUCAGCCUCAGCUCGGGAGCGCUCUCGGUGUCUGUCGUUAGAGAGGGGGGGUUAUUGCCGCACAGUUACCCCCCGCCGCCUCCUUUGUUGACUCUGGGCGCUCGUUGCCACCUCCAAGAUGGCCGCCGGUAGCCGGUAGUGUCUGUGCGGGGAAUGGCGCGGCUCCGGCUGGGCUGAGAGCGGGCAGCAUGGCCGAAACCUGGGACUCUGAGUGGCUCAGCCAGGCUUUGGGGUACCUGCUGGCCAUGAGUGCGGAUUUCGCCCGGGAGUGGGAGAGUAAUGACAUGAGAGCCGCCAUCUUUAAGGUCCUCCUGGGCUGGAUAGUGCUGAGUGUCACUGCCAUCCAGCUGGCUUGGAAGUUCUAUGGACCCACCGUGAACAGCAUCUACUACCGGCAGGGUGAGAGCCCGGGGCUGGCAGGCUGGGCACUGACACACACACGGCUUGACUAGCAUGGCUGCUACAGCUUCUAGAAACCUUAGGGUGAUUCAUGAUAAAUCAGAUUAUAAACUGUACCUGCCUGAAUCACUACUUCUAUAAGAUUUACCUAUCCAGACAACUACAACAACUUCAAUAGCCAUAAACUUUAACUACCUAAAUAACUACUUCUAUAAGAUUUACCUGUCUAGAUAACUACAAUAUCCAUAAACUUUGCCUACCUAAAUAACUACUACAGCAUGCUUUGCCAGCCUUUAGGGAUGCCUAGUUCUACAACAGCUGGAAUGUAUCUGCCUUUUGGCCAAGCUUGAUAUAUAUUGCAGAUGGUUAAAGUUUAACCCUAAAGCUAUGUUAUAGAUCUAGCAUUAUUUAAAUGUUGGGGUACUACACCAGUUGUUGUGGUACUACAGGUUAGUCCCUUGACCUGUAUACUGUAGGUCUCUCCUGAGAACUCCUUGGUAUACAGUUGAUGUGUGUGUUUAUGACAUUGUAUUAAUACGUUUUUAUGGUAGUAGUAGUAUGUAUCAGAAAAGUGCAAAGAAUUUCAAAAGAAUUAAAACAUUAGAUAUCAUCAUGGUACACUGGCUAUCGUUUUUAUACAGUGCUGCAAUCAAGUACCCUUGCAGAAGCAGGAAUAAUGCUGCUCUCUGACAGCUGCCAUUUGGUUGCUUUUUGAUAAAUGGUUAUUUCUCUAGUAUAUAUCAGAACACAUUGCAUUCUGUAAAAUACAGAAUUUAGAACAAAUUAUAACAGCCAAGAUGAGGUAAAACCAGUAGCAAUUUAAGACUGCUGAUUUAGACAUAUCGUUGCCAAAUUCUCUAUUUUCUUGUGGACCCUAUCACUUAUUCACGUGGAUGGGUAGAAUAUGGAAACUUAUGCGAUUCCGUAUGUAGAAUUCAUGUGUUGCAGAAAGUGAGUGCCGAAUUCAGAAGAUAAGAUCCUCCUUAAAAUAUAUGGAGCCAAACCCUUAAAAUGAAAUACAAAUAAUUUAUUGCAUAAAAUUAGAUAUUAUAUAUCAUAUUUAAUUUUAUGCGGUAAAUCAUUUCUUGUAAUUGAAUUGGAAGCUACAGUUCCGCUUAUUUAUUUUGGCUUUUUUCCCUGCAGUAAUGCCUAUUGGCCAGCAGUGGCUGCAUAGCGUGGGGGUAACCAAAUUCAGUAUGUUAUAUUAGAGGCAUGGUUAUGUGAGCAGAACCUACAAAAUAUUUUCUCACUUAGAUUUGGGCAUCCAAAAAUACAUCCUUUUUAUAAUGGAUUAAAGUUGCUCUGCCACUGUUUUGUGUCCUGCUGGGUGUUUGAUUACUGUAGGGGAGUUGUACGUACCUGAACCUGUCCCUCGCAGCCGACACCAUGGUGUUUGCGGACAUUUUCAGCUGCCAGCAGCCCAUGUCAGUGUUAUACGUUUGUGCAUACGCAAUAGUACAACGCUGAGGCCUAUGCAGGAUCCUGCGAUGAUUAAUGCUACUAGUGACAAAAACUUUCAAAGGUCGUUCUCUUUUGUUACAGUUAGUCAAGCAGAGGAAAAAUACUACAGAUAGUCACAGCUUUGUUUCAGUAUAUCCAUCCACUGGUUUGGAAUUUCAUUGAAAUUGCAACAUGGUCAGUGUCAUGGUGGGUGGGGGGGGGAACUCAGUCCAUGUUGUGUAGAUGCUCAAUGUCACUGUAAAUUGAUUGAAAUUACAUUGUCAGUCCUCCACAAUUCUGUGUAUACUGGAUAAACGACAUUGUUUCUUAUGCAAUUCGAUAUUUUGCUAACAUGAUGUUUCAUAUUUAUUUUUAAACAGGCAUGGGUGGACAAAAUGGAGGGACUCCAGAUUAUUCUCCUAAUUUUCCCAUCUGGUAAGGAGAGACUUACAGAUCAUCAACAAAAUCUGUUUAUACAUUAAUCAAAGAAUGCACACUUCAAAUUCAUUAGUCAUUAAAUGGAACCACACUUCAAAGCAACCCUGAUGCUGGAUAUUAUAUUAACUCUGCAAACCUGUAACCAUGGAACCAUCUGUUAGAUUCAAAUGUCGCUAGCAAAGUUUUUCAGUAUGUUUCAUUCAAUUGUUAACCCUUUUGCGGCAGUUACCCAGCAAUGUACCUAAUAUAUUGGGUGCGAAGUGUUGUCAUAAUAUAUGUCACAAUAUGCUUAGGAAAUUCAUCGCUGAACUGGAAAUUGUGGAGAAUUGAUGAGGGCAUUGCAAAUGUUGUUUAAAUAAAUCUAUCUAUAUCUCAUAAUAAACAAAGCCUUUUAAUAGUAACUUUACAAAACAAAUUUAGGGUCUCAUUAGAAGCAUUUUGGAUCUAACCUAUCGUACACAAAGCCAGGUGAAUUUUCCCUUGAUGAGCGCAGCUCCUGUUAAUAGACCUGCCCUUAAAAUUUUUACAGCGUGUUGCACUCCUUCACUCUAUGCAGAGCUUGUCUGUCUAAUGAUAGGAAGUACCUGGAUUGUGGAUCGUAAGUAUCCGGAGGUUGCUACACUGUUUCAUAUUCAUAAUGAUACUGAGAAAAUGAGGUUGAGCAAAUGGUUUUUAUUUUCUUCUUUUUUUUUUUUUUUACUUGGUAGCUGCUAUAUCUAGGAAAGGUAUUUUGAUACAGUGGUUCUCCCAUAGUGCCAAAAUAGUUCUUCAUAGUUGUUUGACCAACUACUUAUGAUCCACAAAGAGGACAAAUACCUUUUUAUAUUAGAACAAACAGAUUGAUAUUGUCCUUGCCAGGUGAUGCUUACUGUUAGCUUUCCUUUGUAUAAGGCUGAAACCAUUCUAUUAAUACAUUGAAUGGUAUGCUGUCGAACUCUCAGACUGGAAACCCAUUACUAAAACGUGGCCUGUCCACUUCAUGUGUAAUUUCUGUGAUUGUUUUCAUUGCUGUCAGUGAGUUGGCUUAAAGGGGUAUGCUAAGAACCAUACCCACUGCCCUGAGCAUCUGAGGACCAGCCCUUCACUGCUCUCUAAGUGUGGAUGGCAUUCAUUGGCUUAACAUGUCAAUUAAUGCAUCCAGCUAACGAAUGAUGUCCAUAUACGGAUGAAAUUCAUAUUUCUAUUGCGAAAGAUGAACUCAAACGUGAUAAUUUUUUUUUUUUUUUUUGGCAUAACAGAACCAUGUUAUGCUGGCAUUAUAGCUGCUACAGUCGGCUAUAAUAGGUAUGCUGAGUAAAGCAUGUUUUAAAGGGUGUAGCCUCCGAUUUUUACAACCAACUGUAUAGGAAAAGUUUGACAUAAACCUGGGCUGUUCCUGGUGCCCAAACGGAAGUACCUUGAUUUGCUACGAAUGCUGGAAAACCCUCCCCUUUUAUUUACAGCAAACUCUUGCCUUUCACGUUGGGCAAAAUGACACUGAUAAAGAGGAAAUAAAAGUUUCCCAUUUUCAAAAUUCUUAUGUAGAAGACAGUAUCCAGGAGCUGGUAAAAAAAAAAAAUUGGUUAUCACAGCCUAAAAUUUGCAAUAUCCAUUCAAUACUCCACAAACGUUUUAUUUAAAAAAGAAAAAUAAAAAAAGUCUGUACUGAUUUUAAGGUUCUGGUAUUGCAAGGAUUGGAUUAAAUAUUUAGCUGUUUCUCUUCAGGGAGAGUUCAAGCAUGGAAUCCUUAAAAACGCACCAAGAAUGAGACCACUACUCUAGCUCUCUGCUCCUCCUUCGAGGGGGCCCCUUGACAGCAGGUGACCGGCACCACUGUGUUUUAGGGCACACUACCUCCUUGGAGCAGAUCCCGCUGCUCUUCCGCACUGAGAGACACUUCUAUGGAUGGAACUUGAAACGUGGAAGCGGACUAUGCUAGUGCUUCCAUCCCCUGCAUGGCUAUUUGUGGGUUUGAUCCUUAAAUGCAACAAAUACAGGUGGAUCUCUCUGUUAAUCUAGCCGUGCAACAUCUCCCUAUUUCAAUCAGAUGGAAGGAACUUGAUGGUCACGUUCUAAAGCUGCAAAGAAUAUCUAGUUCAAAGAACGAACAUGCCAACUAAAUCCUAUUGCUUAAUAUACUUCUUAUGUAUCUCCUCAUUUGCCAUCAGCCAUGUGUGUCUGCUGCUAUGUACAAUUCGAACAUGUCCACCUAAAAACCUUUCUGUCUUUGUAAAAUUGAGUGUGGAUGAGACAUGCUUUUUGUAGCUAUAGAUAACCACUUUCCACCAGUUUAUCAAGCUAAUACUGCCUUUUCUAGUAUUCAUCUAUCUGCUGUCUGUUUACAUAGAAUGCUGAAUGUAUAUAGAUAAAUGCUUUGGGGUGGAAGUAUAGUCCACCCGUGGCAUUUGAGUAAGUACGGCAAGCCACUACUCUUACACUAAUCGCUCCUGGGAGAGAUUUCUAAUCAACCAUGGUGAGUUUUUGUAAACGGUGAUCAUUGAAAACUUUAUCAGCACAGACAACUGUUAACUAUAGUGCAUGGAAUUGUGGGAACUAAUCCCUUUUCUUAAUUUAAAAGGGCUGAAUCUAACUUGUUCCCAGUUAGGAUAUACCACUCUUCUCACUGGAUAUUUCAUAUGCAGGGAGGAUUUGUUUUUAAGGAUAGUGGAAAGUAAUCUGCAAAAGUUGGAUAUUUGUAGUUUGGCCAAAGUUUCUGAAAUGUAUAGUGCGCAUUGUUAUAGAAGUAAGAAGAACUUUUUUUUUAAACAGUGAUAUCGAAUGUCAGAUGAUUUGGGGCUAAAACCUCCAUAAGCCAGAAUCUCCGAUGUAGAGUAACAGAUAAUUGUAAGGGUUCAAUGCUGCUGUUUUUAAGUUUGUUUUUGGUAUUCUGUAGUUCCUCCACAAUCUCAGGUAGCAGUCUAUGGUGUCUGUUCCAAAAGGAGAAUUGAUAAGAAUAUUACAUUUCCUGUGUUGAUUAACUUCAAAUUAGCUAUGUCCCUCUCAUUGAAAAUUAGAUGGGGUCUCUUGCAGCGUUAAGCCCCAGUUUCUAGUUGAGGGUAAAUGUAGUUUCCCCAUGUUAACCCCUUAAGGACCAAAAUGCUGGAAUAAAAGGGAAUCAUGACAUGUCACUCAUGUCAUGUGUCCUUAAGGGGUUAAAGAACUGCAGAAUUCACCAACAAUACUGGCCAAGGACCUCAUUGUAGUCAUUGUCAACCAUAUUUGGGGAAGCCGAAGGUACAGAGAAGUUCUUCUGACAAAGGAAUUGCAAAUUGUAGGCCAAAUGGUUAAAUUGGAAAUCUUCUCCAACAUUACUAUUUUGGCAGCAUGAUUGUUUGGCCCUAAAUCUUUGCAAAUAAAACUGUGUGAUUAGUAGAUUUACAUAAACAAACUAAAACAAUGGCUGUGUUUUAUAUGCAGAAAAUGCACAGCCCAACAGCAGAAAAAAAUAAAAAUCAUUCGUAAUGAAACAAUUGAAUGCUCUACAUUUUUAGCCUAAGUGAAAAUACGUAUAGAUCAUGUCCCUACAGUUUAGACACUUAAAGGACCACUAUAGUGCCCUGAGGGUGCCCCCACCCUCAGGGACCCCCUCCCGCCUGGCUCUGGGGGGAGGAAGGGGUUAAACUUACCUCUUUCUCCAGCGCCGGGCGGGGAGCUCUCCACCUCCUCUCCGCCUCCUCUUCUUCGGCUGAAUGCGCAUUCGCGGCAGGAGCUGCGCGCGCAUUCAGCCAGUCUCAUAGGAAAGCAUUCAUAAUGCUUUCCUAUGGACGCUGGCAUUUUCUCACUGUGAUAACUGUGAUUUUCACAGUGAGAAGCACGCAAACGCCUCUAGCGGCUGUCAGUGAGGCAGCCACUAGAGGCUGGAUUAGCCUAUUUAUAAACAUAGCAGUUUCUCUGAAACUGCUAUGUUUAUUUAAAAAAAAAAAAGGGGGUUAACCCUAGCUGGACCAGGCACCCAGACCACUUCAUUAAGCUGAAGUGGUCUGGUGCCUAGAGUGGUCCUUUAAGGACAGAGGCAAUUGUACAAGUUCUGAACUAAAACCUGGAAUUUGAGCUAUAUGUCUGUUCAACCAUAAUUCACCUCUUUCAUAUUAAGGGCACCAACACUUAUUAUAUAUAAUUUUGUUCAGGAGAAACAGGGCUUUCAUUCCACAUCAAAUAUUUAUAUAUGAAACUAUGUAAUAUGAAUAAAAUCUAAAAGGUGAGAGGAAUUAAGAAACAUUAUUUCCCAUGUUCUGCAUGGCAUUUUACAUGUGAAUGUAAAAAUACUUUUAGCUUUUUACUACAAUAAAAUACACAUAUUUGUGUUCACCGAUGUCUCAUGAGUACAACAGUACCCCCAUGUACAGCUUUUAUGGGGGUUUGUAAAAUUACAUGAUCAAAUAUAUAGGGCUUGCAAAUUAAAUUCUCUGGACUUUCUUCCUGUGUUGUCAGGCAGGUUCUUCAAUAUAGCAGUAAUAAAAACACAAUUAUGUAAAAAUACAUUAAAAUACACGUAGAAUUAAUUUGUGUGUAUAUAUAUAUAUUUAGUGUAUGUGUGUGUGUGUGUGUAUAUAUAAUCUUUAUUCCAAGUGCAUUUUGCUAUUAAAUAUAUAUCUAUCAAAAUACACUUAGAAUGAAAUUAUAUAAAUUUUUUUUUUUUUAACAUAACUGUGUGUGUGUGUGUGUGU